GCGGACGCACUUGGCGUGCGGCGCGGGCUGCAGACGGCUGCGAGGCGCUGGGCACAGGUGUCCUGAUGGCAAAUUUCCAGGGCCACGCGCUCCCAGGGAGUUUCUUCCUGAUCAUUGGACUGUGUUGGUCAGUGAAGUACCCACUGAAGUACUUCAGCCACACACGGAAGAACAGCCCACUGCAUUACUAUCGGCGUCUUGAGAUCAUCGAAGCCGCAGUCAGGACUUUGUUUUCUGUCAUCGGGAUCCUGGCAGAGCAGUUCGUUCCGGAUGGGCCCCACCUGCACCUCUACCAUGAGAACCACUGGAUAAAGUUAAUGAAUUGGCAGCACAGCACCAUGUACCUAUUCUUUGCAGUCUCAGGAAUUGCUGACAUGCUCACCUAUCUGGUCAGCCACGUUCCCUUGGGGGUGGACAGACUGGUUAUGGCUGUGGCAGUAUUCAUGGAAGGUUUCCUCUUCUACUACCACGUCCACAACCGGCCUCCGCUGGACCAACACAUCCACUCGCUCCUGCUGUAUGCUCUGUUCGUGGCGUGUGUUAGUAUCUCCCUAGAGGUGAUCUUGCGGGACCACAUUGUGCUGGAGCUUUUCCGAACCAGUCUCGUCAUUCUUCAGGGAACCUGGUUCUGGCAGAUUGGGUUUGUGCUGUUCCCACCUUUUGGAACACCCGAAUGGGACCAGAAGGAUGAGGCCAACCUCAUGUUCAUCACCAUGUGCUUCUGCUGGCACUACCUGGCUGCCCUCAGCAUCGUGGCCAUCAACUAUUCUCUUGUUUACUGCCUUUUGACUCGGAUGAAGAGACACGGAAGGGGAGAAAUCAUUGGAAUUCAGAAACUGAAUUCAGGUGACACUUACCAGACUGCCCUCUUGAGUGGCUCAGAUGAGGAAUGAGCCGAGAUGUGGAGGGCGUAGACGUCCCACCGAACAGCUGGAAUGAAUGGAGUUCAUCCCCCCACCUGAAUGCCUGCCGUGGUCUGAUCUUAAGGGUCUAUAUAUUUGCACCUCCUCAUUCAACACAAGGCUGGAGGUUCUAGAACAGGAAAUCAGGCCUACUGCAUCCUGUGUAUCUUGCAGUUGGGAUUUUUAACAUAAUUUAAAGUCUGUGUUGGUAUAGUACCCCUCAUAAGGAAAAAUUAAGUAAGGCCUCCAAGCAGCAGGCCUUUGUGCCUCGGUGUAAAGAGAAAUCAAGAGAUGCUAAAAGCUUUACAAUGGAAGUGGCCUCAUGGAUGAAUCCAGGAUAUGAGUCCAGCAGGAGAACUUGCUGCUUUUGGUAACUUAUCCCUUUUUCUCUUAAGAAAGCAGGUACUUUUUUAUUAGAAAUAUGUUAGAAUGUGUAAGCAAA